UCUCGUUUAUGGUCUCGGUAUUGUUAAGAAGGACGCACGUUAAUAUUUUGUUUAAUAAAAACUAUAAUUGUACGAGUGUAACUUUAAAACAGUUUUGUUACUUACGCUGUUUUAUAUUAAAAGCAAUUGUUUUAUGUAAAUGUUGAGGCUUAAUUAAUCGAGUAGUUGCGUUUCAAAAGACGCUUUCAAGUGGCCUCAUCUCGCAUUAAGUGCUCAAUUAUGUUGACGUGCCCGAUCGAGGCUGUGUAGUGAAAGUUCUUGAUGAAACUUUUCCUUCGGGUGUAGAGAAAAUAUGUGUGAAGUGAGACAAAUACGAUAGUGGGUCACACCAUCCUAAAUGGAAAACGUUGGCUUCCAACCGAGCGGAGAGGACAUCGAGCGCGCGCUGAUGGACCUCGGGCCGCUUCUCGGAGUCACCAUUAAGGAGGAAGCGGCCGAGGAGCUGCAUGAAGCCACCACAGGUCCCGCGCCGGCCUCUGCACCUAAUCUCAAUGUGGGCAGUGUGGGUGUGGAGGGCGGCGAGGGCGAGGGGGAUGGCAAGGCGGAGGGCGAGGGCGCAGACUCACUGGCGUCGCCGCGCGCUGGCAGUGCGGCGCGCUGCGUGCUGUGCCGCACGCCGCUUGCGCACGCCGAUGGCACACCCAAGCUGAUGGAGUGCCUGCACUCCGCCUGCGAGCCCUGCAUCAAGUCCAAACUUGAUGAAAAACUUUCUACCAAUUGUGACUUUCUAGGCGCGUCGCGGGUGACGAUCACGUGUCCCGCGUGCCGGCUGCAGUGCCAGCCCGCCAACAUGAUCGACCAGCGCUUUGUGCUGGAGAAGAUGGCCCUGGAGCAGGCCGGCGCCGGUGGCGGGAGCGCGGGCGGCGGCGGCGAGCAGCAGUGCAACACGAUCUAA